UGUACAGUAUAUACAGGACACACAUAGGCACAUGCAUGUAAAUUUACAGGCUUUUUUGUCUGAUCAGAUUUGUUUUUUAGCCUCAUUUAUUCAAUGUUUCUUUCAGGCUAAAUUAUAAAGCCAUAACCAAGGACAGGGGAUGCAAAUGUAUCUCUGUGGAAUAGAGAAAACAAAGGAAUAAAUAAGAUUUGUAUUUCUGUAUCUCCAUAAUUAAACAGAAAAAGUCUACACUAACACAUUUUUAAAAUAGCAGCUAUUUGCUCUACUUUGUUAUACAUGACGGCCAUUUAAUAUGGAAAAUGGAUGCGACAAAGACCCUGGACAAAUAUAGAUAUCUUAAACAUCUAAAUAAAAUCCCUUGGUGACAUUUCCACCUGCAGGAGAAGAAAUAAGACCUGUAUGAAAUGCAUGGUGAAGUUUGCAGCAGAGACUCAGAUUCAGAUUUCUUUAUUGUCAUUGUAAGUAACAGAUAAUGUAAUAAAUACUAAUAAAAUGAAACAGUAAUACAAAUAAUAGAUAAAUGUCUCCAUUCCACUCACAUUUGUACAUACACUUCAUACACUCAUUGCCAAUAUAUGCAGUUAAAAUGGGAUAAAAAUGCAUGGAUGCACAUAAAUUAAGUUACUGCACCUCAUAAAGAAGAACUGUAAUGUGUUUUAGUGAGUUUGCCUCAGUUCUUCAGCACCCGCCAAUGUUUCAUAAACUUGUCCAGACUGAUGUAUUUCUAUGCAUUUACUACCAGAAUAGUCAAAAAGCAAAAAGUUUAUGGUUUCUUCUCUUAGUGUCUUAAAAAGGCAUUCUGCAAAAUGAAGGAAAUGUAGGAAGUGCCAAUAAACCCCCCGACUGACGCAGACACUCACACAGGUAAAGGUAAAUCAGGUGGGUGGGACAUGGGGCACGACAUAUGUCUGUCGGUGGGUUCAGACGGUGCAGGUCGUCCCAUCAGUGAGCAGACCUGAAGUGAUGGCCCAGGUAAAGGUAGCAGGAGGCGCAGCAAGGAGCCACCAGGACUGUGCAGAGCUUUACUCUGACAUGGCUACUGUCAGCUCCACCGCAGAUAUAGGAGAGUCGGUGAGGAAAGGGUCAUUGUGUGAGACCUCCAUGGGUGUCAGCCUUGGCAGGCGGAGCAGGGCCUACCCUUCCCCAGCCAGGAGACGACACCGCACCACCUUCAGCCACAAGCAGCUGGAACAGCUGGAAGUGGCCUUUGGACAAAACCAGUAUCCUGACAUCUACUACAGAGAGGAGCUGGCUCGUAUCACCAAGCUCAACGAAGCUCGCAUACAGGUUUGGUUCCAGAACAGAAGAGCUAAACAGCGGAAGCAGGAGCGGGCUUCACACAAAGUUCUCCAAGUGGGUGUGUUGCCAGGCCACAGGGCGCUGCUGGGAGGCAUGCACGUCCAGCCGCCCAGCAUGGCUCGACAGUACUACACCCAACCUCUGGCUCAAAUCCCCCGUCUCCCCCCAAUGCUGCCCUCUGGAGCAUACUCCCACCACCCAGGUCCGGCGGCCCAGUGCCCCUGCCCCAGCAUCCCACCCCAACCAGCCGCCCAGCGGCAGCAUGAGGACUGGUACAGCCCACUGAGGAGCAACAUCACCUCGCCCAUGUUCUCACUGGCCUCCAUGCAGCCUCUGGAGCCGGCCUCGCACUGGAGCUGAGAAGUUACAGAGGCCAAUUUAAACAGUCAUAUAUUACAUGAAAAUCAUUUUUAAUCUCUAUUCAGCUGCAGAAAAUUGAGUGAUCGUGCACAGUCCUUUUCAGCUUGUUUUACAUUCACACACUCUUAUUCAUUUAAGUAGUGUUGACUCAUUUCAUUUUUAUUUGCCCAAAUAGUCUGUCGUUUCAAAUGCAAAAGGUCCAAUUUGUAAUUAAAAAAAAAAAAAACUCAAUAAGAAAUUCAAGUUUGUGGAUAUGUAGAAAAGAAUUGUGCACAAAUUAUGUCAGCGAUGAGGCUCCACAGACCGAUGUGCUUUAUGAAUACCUGAGUACAGAUUCGAAGCAGAAAACUGCUUGAAUAUCAGCACUCAAAGCUACAACACUGACACAGACACACAUUUAUGUUACAAGUACAAAUUCUUCUCCUGAUUUUGGCUGUAAAAGUAACUUCACUGCCAUACGCAGCAUAGGAACUUUGACUAUUCUCUUUACUGCAAUUUAAAGGAAAGUUAAAAUGUUUUGUUUUUAUCUGCUAAAUGUGUGCACCAUCUUGUGCGUGAUGAGGGAAACACUGGUAUUUUUCAACCUGGAUCCAAAUUUUUGCCAUGCUUUUAUAUCUAAGUGACUUGUGGAAACAACAAUUAGCUACAGUGCUGCAGCCCACAGCGGCGAGAAAGACUGCAAUGUAACUUGGGGCAGGUGUACCCCUAAAUUUACAUCCAUUAAAAGAGCUUGUUUUUGCCACUGAUGGGCUCAAAUUGUUAUUAUGAGUGUCUGGCAACAUCACAGAAAGGACCCUACAGAGAAAUUAAAUGUUUUUCCUUUGGCUUGUUCCAGUCUGUUUUGUGUCCAAGUCUCACUGAAGGAGAAAUCUCCUGAACUCCUGCAGACUUUUUCAUGUUGUUGGAAUCAGCUAAAUAUUCAGCCAUGACACUGAAAGUCUUUUAGAUAAGACUCUCUCUCUCUUACAACUUUCCCUCCUGUUUCUACUGUUUUCUUGCUGCAACACUUCCUCUGAGAUUUCAGAACACGACUUCUCCUUUAGUGAGACUAGGAAUCAAAACAGACAAGAACACACGAAAGGUAUGGAAAAACUUUUCAUUUCUCUCUGGUGUCCUUUCAGUAAUGUUGUCAGACACUUAUAAAACCAAUCUGAGCCUGUCAGUGGCAAAAACAAGCACUUUAGUGAAUGUAAAUUGAAGGGGCGAACCUGCCCCAAGUGGCUACAGCUGCAGUGCUCUCUCUCAAUGCUGGACCAAUUUCAAAAAUGUUUGUUCCCACGAGUCACUAAGACACAAAAAUACAGCAAAAAAGGAUCCAGGCUGAAAACCACCAGUUUCCCUGGUAUUUCUACUAUUUCUUUCUUGGUGCAUCUAACAAAUAAAGAUUUAAGAUUCCCAAAGCCUUUUUCGCGUGAUUUCAUGAAUGCAACAUUGUAGGACUCCACACACCAAUCUAUUAAAAAAGAUAUCACCAAUAGGAGCCUGUAGAUUACAGGUUUUAUUAUUUCACAUUCCAGAGACAACACAGUUGCAUCUGUUAUGCUUUCAGUUUUUUUAAAUAUAAUUAACAACCUGAACUGAUUGAAGAAUCAAUACUGAAUGGCAGAAAUAUAGAAUUCAUCCACACUUUAGAAACAAUCAAAGAUGGAUUCAAAAAACGUUGAGACACUCACACACUCAGCCAUGACAUUUGAUUCGUAUCUGUUUUAAAGGCAGCUAAUGAUUUGAAGCAAAAACAUGUUGAGUUUGAUGCUUCCUAACACUUUGACUGGAAACCUGUGAAGCAUUUUAACAACUGCAGUGGCAGCAGCAUCAACCAGUGUGCUUUGAGUCGAGAUUAUCCAGUGAUAAAGAAUCAGCAGCACAGCGCUGUGAUACAUACAUACAUUCAUUCAUUCUAUGACAUUAGAUUUAUGUCAAGUAUUAGCUGGCUCACAGACUGUACAGUGACGAUGAUGGUGAUUGGCUCAUGUCAUAUCUUUAUGAAAAUAACAGCAAAUACAACCCCAGGAAGAGACAUGUUGGGCUGAUGAACCACUGCUGAAUGGAGACUCUACAGGCAACAUACAAUAUAGUGCUCUACCUGCGACCUCAUCAGUUCAGCAUGGUUCUCUCCUCUCUACACACACACAGACACACAUACACUACAUCAGGCUACUGUACAUCUGAUUAAGUCAAGGCCACUUUCUAAUGUCAUGAGAACGACCCGUUUGUCCCAUCCUCAUCACAGACAGCGAAUGAAAUGGAUUCACAGAAGGAAUCAUUUGGUCCACAACGUUGAGUGUCACACAGCCACAGUGUGUUCAUGUAAAUGAGUGUGUGUCUGCUUGGGUCCAGUAUGCACACUGUACAGAGUGAAACCAGUUUUAAAUGGAAACGGGGGUCCAAAAAAGUGAUGACAUUCUGUUUAGAUGCUAUUGCGCUACCACAGUGAAUUAAGUGUAGCACCGUCAAAAGAAGCACACACACUAUUAGAGUGUUUAGACUGUACGUAUAAAGGGCCAAUUCACCCAAAA